UUUCCCAUUUUUUUUAACAGUCAACUACGUAGUGGUACGACUUAAUUUCAUCGUUCGCUUUCCUGUGCGCCAUCUAGCGGGAUUAUUGUACAACAGACGGCUUCUAUCUGAAAUGUAAGCAUGGAUUAAUGGAAAACUGAGUGAAAACAACAAUAAACUAUGGCUGCUGGUCCGAUAGCAGAGCGUAAUCAAGAUGCCACUGUAUAUGUGGGCAGUUUAGAUGACAAAGUCACAGAAGCAAUACUAUGGGAACUUUUUCUCCAAGCAGGGCCUGUUGUGAAUGUUCACAUGCCAAAGGAUCGUGUCACACAGUCCCACCAGGGUUAUGGAUUUGUGGAGUUCAUGGGAGAGGAUGACGCAGAUUAUGCAAUAAAGAUAAUGAACAUGAUAAAACUGUACGGCAAGCCAAUCAGGGUCAACAAGGCUUCAGCCCAUCAGAAGAACUUGGAUGUUGGGGCCAAUAUAUUUAUUGGAAACUUGGAUCCUGAGGUGGAUGAGAAAUUACUUUAUGACACAUUCAGUGCAUUUGGGGUCAUCCUCCAAACACCUAAGAUCAUGCGAGACCCUGACACGGGUAACUCCAAGGGUUAUGCAUUCAUUAACUUUGCCAGUUUUGAGGCCGCUGAUGCUGCCUUGGAGGCCAUGAAUGGACAGUUCCUGUGUAAUAGAGCCAUUUCUAUUUCAUUUGCCUUCAAGAAGGACUCUAAAGGAGAGCGGCACGGUUCAGCAGCAGAGAGAUUUAUGGCGAAGCAGAACCCUCUUUCCCUAACAGACCGCCCUCAUCAACUCUUUGCGGAUGCCCCUCCCCCGCCACAACAACCCCCAACGCAAAUGGCCUCUUCAUCUUUGGCUCCUCCUCCUCCACCUCCAGCCAUGGGAGGCAUGUCAUCUAUGCCAGGAAUGCCCCCGGGAAACAUGCCUCCUCCAAUGAUGCCCAUGCAACAGCCAAUGCCUCCCCCUCCCAUGCCCCCAUCCAUGGGCAUGCCACAGUUUCCUCACCAGCAAGGUCAGAUGCCAUAUCAUCUUCCUCCUCGUCCUGGGCCUCCAGGGAUGCCUCCUGGGUCUGGCAGUCAGUCCCAAGCUCCACCUCCCCCACCCUCAUCUCAAGCAGGAUCACAGAUGCCUCCUCCCCCUGGUGUUCCAGGAAUGGGUAUGCCCCCGCCACCACCUGGCAUGCGGCCACCACCUGGAUGGAGACCGCCCCCUGGCAUGAGAGGUCCACCACCUCCAAUGUAUGGCCGUCCACCACAUCCUGGAAUGAGACCUCCUCCCCCUGGUAUGAGAGGACCUCCACCCCCUCCAGGCAUGAACCGGCAGGCUCCUCCCCCUCCUCGACAACCCCCUCCCCCAGCUCCGCCUGCCUCAAGAAGUUAUUAAGCAACCAAUCAGUUGAAGCCAGUGAGAAGACAGUUUACACAUUACUUCAUUCCUCCAUGAAGACCAUUUACGUCAUGUUUGUCAUUUAAAUAAACCUUAGAAAUUAC